AUGGGAGGCGCAGCCCUGGGCUGUUGGGCUGCUCUGCUGCUUCUCAGCCUGCAGGGGCCAGCAGGCGGGCACCCGCUGCCGGGGAAAUACACCAGCCAGGAGCUCCGGUCCCUGCAGGACCUCCUUGAGCUGCUGAAGGAGAAAACUCAGGGGGAGGAAGGGUUGCUGCUGGAGCUGGAGAUUCUAGCCUAUGAGGCAGAAGAAGAUGACCCUAGCUGGGACCUUGCUGAGCCGGAGAGCAGCCCCGCUACCCAGCUCCAGCCCUGGGAUCCCGUGGACAGUCAGCGGAGCAGUCUCCUUGCUUCCCCCAGGAGGAUGAGGCACUUCUCUGGGUGUUUUGGGACCAGGAUCGAGAGGAUCGGCUCUCGGGCAGGACUUGGAUGCAACAUUUUCAAAGGUCUUAGCUAG